AUGCCCUCUUUCCUGUUGCUGGAAGCCAUCUGCAUUUUCCUGUUUGCUGAAGUGCCCCCAUCCCUCCCUCUUCAGGAAGUCCACGUGAGCAAGCAGACCAUUGGGAAGAUUUCAGUCGCCAGCAAAAUGAUGUGGUGCUCGGCUGUGGCGGACGUCCUGUUUCUGAUCGAUGGCUCUCACAGCAUUGGGAAAGGGAGCUUUGAAAGGUCCAAGCACUUUGCCGUCACGGUCUGUGAUGCUCUGGACAUCAACCCCAGGAGGGUCAAGGUGGGAGCCGUCCAGUUCAGUUCCGCCCCUCGUCUGGAAUUCCCCAUGGAUGCGUUUUCAACCCAACAGGAAGUGAAGGCAAGAAUCAAGAGGAUGGUUUUCAAAGGAGGACGUACAGAGAUGGGCCUUGCUCUGAAAUACCUUCUGCAUAAAGGAUUCCCUGGGGGCAGAACUGCCUCUGUGCCCCAGGUCCCCAUCAUUGUCACUGACGGGAGGUCCCAAGGGCAUGUGGCCCUGCCAGCCAAGCAGCUGAAGCAAAGGGGCAUCACCGUGUUUGCUGUGGGGGUCUGCUUCCCAAGGUGGGAGGAGCCGCGCAUGCUGGCCAGCGAGCCAAGGGAGCAGCACGUGCUGAUGGCCGAGCAGGUGGAGGACGCCGCCCACGGCCUCUCCAGCACCCUCGGCGGCUCUGCCACGUGCACCAUUGCCUCUCUGGACUGCAAGGUCCAGCCUCACCCCUGUGAGCACAAGACGCUAGAGAUGGUCAGGCAGCUUGCCGGCCAGGCCCCGUGCCGGAGGGGAUCUCGGGGGACCAAGGCCGUGCUGGCUGCUCUCUGUCCCUUUUCCAGCUGGAAGAGAGUGUUCUUAACCCACCCUGCCACCUGCUACAGGACCACCCGCCCAGGCCCCCGUGACUCGCAGCCCUGCCAGAAUGGAGGCACGUGUGUUCCAGAAGGAUCGGACACGUACCACUGCCUCUGCCCGCCAGCCUUUGGAGGGGAGGCUGACUGCGCCCCGAAGCUGAGCCUGGAGUGCAGAGCCGACGUCGUCUUCCCGCUGGCCGGCUCGGCGGCUGCCACCCCGGAGGGCUUCCUGUGGACCAAGGCCUCCGUGAAGCGGUUCGUGCCGGGGGCGCUGAGCGAGGGCUCCCGGGCAUGCAUGGGUGUGGCCGUGCCCGUGGGCGAGUACCGGGACGCGGACCUGGUCAGGAGCCUCGACGACCUGCCCUUCGCUGGCGGCGCCAUCCUGACAGGCCACGCCCCACAGCAGGCGGCGGAGCGCGGCUUCGGGAGCACCGCCGGAACGGGCCUGGACCGGCGCCGCAGGGCCGUGGUCCUGAUGACCGAGGCGCGCUCUCAGGACCAGGUGGCCGGCCCGGCGACUUUCGCCAGGGCCUGGGAGCUGCUCCUGCUGGGCGUGGGCAGCGAGGCCGUGCGGGCAGACCUGCAGGAGGUCACUGGUAGCCCGGCGCGCGUCAUGAUCGACGCCGGCCCGGAGGACCUGUGCCGCCAAAUCCCGAAGCUGCGGGGAAAGCUGUGCAGCCAGCAGCGCCCAGGCUGCCAGGCCCAGUCGCUGGACCUGGUCUUCACGUUGGAUGCCUCGGCCUCUGUGGGGCCCGAGGACUUCGCCCAGAUGCAGAGCUUCGUGAGAAGCUGUGCCCUCCGGUUUGACGUGAACCCUGACGUGACACAGAUUGGCCUGGUGGUGUAUGGCGGCCAGGUCCAGACAGCCUUUGGGCGGGACGCCACCUCACCAGCGCUGCGGUCCAGGAGCCAGGCCCCCUACCUGGGUGGGGUGGGCUCGGCAGGCACGGCCUUGCUGUACAUCUAUGACAAGGUGAUGACGGUCCAGAGGGGCACCCGGCCUGGUGUCCCCAAGGCUGUGAUGGUGGUCACGGGUGGGAGGGCAGAGGAUGUGGCCGUCCCUGCCCAGAAGCUGAGGGACAACGGCGUCUCUGUCUUGGUGAUGGGCGUGGGGUCUAUCCUGAAGGAGGCACUGCAGAGGCUCCCACGUCCCUGGCACUCCCUGAUCCACAUGGCAGCCUACGCAGACCUGAGGCACCACCAGGACACGCUCAUCGAGUGGAUAUGCAGAGGUGAGUGGGGCGAUCCACACCCUCGGGGCCGCCUCCAAGGGAGGACCUCAGCCUGA